GCCAGUAAAGACAGAAUGGAGACGUUGUUCCAACAGCUGACCCAGGGUAAUGCCCUGUUCUUCAUCCUUAUUUUGGGAAUUGGAGGAAGCUUUCAUAAUGGCUACCACAUCAGUGGACUGAGUUCUCCCUCGCCGCACAUUCAGCACUUCAUCAACAGCACCUGGUACAACAGAUAUGAAGAGCCUCCAUCUCCACAGACCAUCACAAUGAUCUGGUCACUUAUUGUUUCCUUAUUUGCUGUCGGGGGACUCUUCGGUAGCAUCAGUGUCAAACCGAUAUCCAGCAAGCUGGGAAGAAAAAAGUCGAUGAUGUGCAGCAGCUUUAUCGCCAUUGUUGCAGCAGGGAUCAUGUUGGCAAGUAAAUAUGCCAAAUCAUAUGAAAUGAUUAUUGUGGCCAGAAUCGUCUACGGCUUCGCGACAGGUUUGGGAUCCAGCACCCAUGCAGUGUACCUGGGAGAAAUCUCACCUAAAAAGUUGAGAGGGCUAGUAUGUCUGACCGUGGUGACGUCUUUUUCAUUUGGCAAACUGUCUGGACAGGUUUUUGGACUGAGUGAGAUCCUUGGUCGCGAGGAGCUGUGGAACAUCGUCCUUAUUGUCCCUUCAUUUUUCUCAGCGGUUAACUUUAUAGUGAUGCCUUUUUUUCCUGAGGCCCCCAGAUACUUGUUCAUAGAGAAAGGUGAUGAAAAGGCUUGCAUAAAAGCUCUCCAGAGUCUGUGGGGCCCAGGUGACUACAAACAGGAGAUGGACGAGAUGUUGGCUGAGCAGGCGGCUAUUGAGGCAGCCCCGCAAAAAAGCAGUCUGCAGCUGCUGAGGGACAGGAAUAUGAGAUGGCAGCUUCUCACGAUCUCCUUCAUCUAUGGCUGCAACCAGCUCUCAGGCAUUUCUGCGAUCAAUACCUUCUCUUUUGACAUCUUCCUGAAAGCAGGUAUACCGAGACAAAUAAUCCGCUAUGUCACUGUUGGUCUCGGAGUAACUGAAAUCCUCACCUCCAUCUCCUGUGGGCUGCUGAUUGAGCACACAGGGAGGAGGCCGUUGCUCUGGGGGUGUUAUGGUGUUAUGUCUGCCAUCAUGGUGUUGGUCACUGUCACACUCAACUUGAAGGACUUCGCCUACUGGGUUCCAUACAUUACUGCUGUUUUGGUCAUCCUCUCCAUCAUCUUCUUCAACGGAGGACCUGGUGGAGUUUCAAGUUCCAUCCACAAUGAGAUCUUCAUCCAGUCCGAUCGGCUGGCGUCGUUUGUCCUCAUGGGGAUCCAACGCUGGUUUUGUCUUGGUGCUCUGAGCCUAGCCUUUCCAUUCCUUAUUAAUGCCCUGGACUCAUACUGCUUUAUGCUGUUUGCCUGUGUGUGCCUGCUAGCUUGUCUUGGCACCUUCUUCUUCCUGCCUGAGACCAAAGGGAAAACCCUGCUAGAGAUCACCAAGGAGUUUAGAGCCAUCACCGUCUGUGGGAGAUCUUUCUCAAAGGAAAAAAUAAUGGAGACCAAGUUAUGAGCCAGUUAUAUUUCAAACUGUCAGAGGAUUAAUGAAUGACUCUGUGUGCACAAAAGGACAAGGACUGACUGGUGCUAAUGAUGCUUGGAAACGCAGGGAAAGUUUGCACACACAUCGAAAGUGGUGAAAAUUUUGAUAUUUUAUUGGUGUCAUGCUCAGGUGUGACAAAAUAGCUUGAUAGCGCCCCCUACAAAAUUUCAGUAGCCCUCAUGGUACUUUACACCUCGAUAUAUGAAAUUUAGUGGGCACAUGAAGACCUUAGAUCCCAAGACCUAAAAAGAGCCUCUUGGAGCUAUACCCUAGGUCCAGCAGGAAGUCAGCCAUUUGAAUUUAAUGAGCAAUGUAAGCGUAGAGACUGAUCACAAUGUUUGCUUACAGUAACUUAUGGGCAGAAAAACCCUGUGUCACAUACAUCAAAUUUAACAGCACUGAGAAAACGGCGCCUCAGUUGAUUAGUUUUUAGCCAUUUAUAUCAACGCCACCAGACUCCACUGACAAUGGAAUAAUUUUACUUCACAGAACAGAGGAGCUACUGGUCCACUGCUCCGUUGGUCAGCUAGUGUGUAUGAUAGAGAUGAGGAAUUUAUUUUAAAUAUGGUGUACACUUAAACUGAUACUGACUUUUUAGGUGGGUGUUUUUAAGUGGUUAAAAUAGCCUGCGUUUUGCUGCAGCCCUCAUCCACAGCAGUACAUUGCAGCCUUUGUGCUGGUCAAUUUGGCUUAUCAAAGACACCAGCAAAUCAAAAGAGUACAUAAAAUAAGCACCGCAGAAAUGUCAGAUGAGUUGGAUCAAAGUGUUAACUCUAUAUAUUUAAACGCUGCAGUUACGGUUGAAAAAGAAAACAGAAAUCCCCAAAUUUGCCUAUUUCACAUAUCUCUGCAAUUCAAAUCAAGUUCCAGUUGUCUUUGGACGUUAAAAUUGUUGUAAGCUUGACAUUACAUUGAUUUGGUCUAUUUUUCGGCCAUUUCCAGGCAUUGUUCUUUAACGAACUCUUCGCCGAGAAUUAAUCAGACUGACUUUAAAUUCAGUCAUUACAAUGCUGUUAGCUGUUAUUCCCGGCUAGCUGUUAUCCUCCGAUAUCCCGAACGAGUUUUGCGGAUUAAAAAACUACACUGGACUUCUUGUCGGCAUGAGGGUCAGUAAGUACUGUCUGUAUUUUCAUUCUAAAGUGGUGAUUUCCUUUAAGACCUUAAUGUUGAAAAGUGUUCGUGGAACAAUGUUGCCGUGAUAUGGCAGCCAUUUUACGUGUUUCACCAUAAAACAUGAAGUUGUUGUAACUUGAGCAUACAUUGUCCAAUUCUCACCAAAUUUUACGUUUUAUAAGAAUCCUGGCCCGAUGACAUCUGCAUGAAAAUAUUGAGUCACACAUUGAGUCACCUACUGGCAACAGGAAGUAGGCCUUGUGUGACAACAUAAGUUGAUUUACAUGAAUUUUACACUGUGUAGUCUUGACACGCAGCAGCAUAAUGCAUAUAAGGAAUGUGUAGCGCCACAUAGCUGACACAGAAGGUGGAACAACAUUUCCAGCACCUUGCACUUCACUCAGGAAAUAAUGUCUAACUUCUGUGUGCAAUUUCAGAUGCCCUGUAUUUUUAUCAGUUGCAUCAGUCAGUAAACGCACAUUCAUUAUACAGGGAAAAACAGCACACUGAAAGAGCUGCAGUCUAUCACAUGUCUAUUAUUUAUUCUUCCCUAAUUAAUACUCGUCCUUACAAUCUAAGUCAGAAAAACCAAAGCUGAACAGCUUUAUCAUACAAUUUUAAACAGCAGAUUGUCAUUAUAUACUGAUGAAAAUGUUUGUUUUGAUCAUUUUUACUCUCACCUCAAGCUGAGGUAAAGCUAAGUUUAAAGCUAAGUAAAUUUAAAAGAGCGACCAGCUCUAGAUCACUGCAGCUGUGUUGUCAUGUAGGUAGACUAAGGCAUCCACACCUGAUAAAACUGCACCUGCAGCUGCAAUAUGUUUGUCACUAAGAGGUCAGUGGUUUCCUUCCUGCAGCUCUCCAGCAAUA